AUGAAUGCACGAACAUCCACCCAUCCCGCCGCCGCCGGCGACUCCUCGGCCGCGAGUUCUGACCAAAGUCCGGAACUACGGCAUCGAUUCUCACCAAGAUUUCCACGCUCGAAAGAGAACAAUCAAUCAAAUGGGAUAACAUGACAUCAGAUCACGUUACAUCAGUUGGGUCGAGCAGUUUCUAUAUCAGAUGCCACGCCGGAGCCGAAUCGACUGUCGGCCUCAAAUCUGACGCUGACCUCCACACCCAACUGCCCUCCAAUCCGCAGCCGCGAAUGAUGAUCUCGCCUUCUGAGUUAACCCCCCCGCCCGAGGAAAAUUACGUAAGCCACACGAUUAGUCUACUGCCGAGUGACGGCUACCUGAUGGACCACUUUAAGGUCAACCGUGGACCGCGAGAGGGGGGAAGGUUUUGGGGGAUGGGAUUGUGGGCAGGGGGGGUGCGCCAGGCUCAUGCAGCGGUGCAACGCGAAGGCCAAGUAGGCCCUCCCCCAACGAGGAACUAAUUUAAUAUAACGUGGGCCGAUGGCCCACGUAUCAGAUAUUAAACUGGUAGGAACCAAAUACUGCCCUUUCAGCCAAAAGGCAGAGAAAGGUAUGGAACAUAAGAUUAGGGAGUGGGCAUGUAUUUUCAUUCUGGAUUUUUCUCGUGCAGUGCAUUGUACUGAUUCGUAUGGGACUAAAGUAAGACCAUGCCACCCCGCCUAACGAACAACAUCACAUCAGCAGGAGCGCCCAUCCCCCGUUCAUUUUCAGAGGAGCUUCAUGGAGCAUCAAAACUUCCUUUUUUUCUACGAAAUAAAAGACGCUUUUUUACCCUUUUUGCUCGGGUUUUUUCGUCGGCUUGAUGAUCUAUGCAACGUUAAAGUACCUCUUUUUUUUUUUUUUUUGUUUAGUAUCAGAAAACAUCAGUCAUCCCUUCACGACCCAGCCACCUCAGGCUCAUACAUCUGUCAGAAGACGUGGACCCUUUAUGGUCCACAAGAAAAAAUUCUAUUUUGGGUAACUCAAAAUGCCUCGAAUCAAGGAAAAGCUUGUAUCUUUAUUGAAUGAAAAAUAACCCAUCUCAGGCAAGAUAUCAACAGAAAUAGACCCUCAAGUGAUAGGCAGAAGAGCAAGAGGGAGGGCAAUUUUCUCACUGUAAAUUGUCCGACGAGUCCUCACCAGGUCACUGACCCAUAAAUGCCCCUAAGAAAAUGACACAGAAAAGCAAGCCCUCACUGCCCAUAAUGUAUACUACUCCCUGUGCCCACUCGAGGUUUCAAGUACAGUGCUCUCUGUUGCAGCCCAUGGCAGCUACUGAGAUAGGAUCAUUGAAGAAGCCCCUUGGCACGACAUUAGUCAAUGCAUUUUCCCUUGUCUCGGUCUUGAUUCGGGUGAUCUUGAAGAGAUUGGAAGGAAGGGAACUCACAAUCCGCCACCCUUCAUCUGGUGGUCUGUGGUGAAGCAUCAACCUCCUCUGUGCUGCUCCUGACCUCUGUGGGUUUGGCCUGGGCUCUGCUCAGCAUUACCUCACUGAAUUCGGUCGUCCUCCGCAAGCCCCAUUUGUGAAUCCUGGGGCAGAUCAGAGUAAUAUCAUUAAAUGGCAUUACUUCGAGCACCGUGAGAAAAUGGAUGAAUAAAACUAUAAAAAGUGGAGGAUGGAGAUGUUGCCUCAGUUACAGCAGAAGCAUAUUCGUUGGAGAUAGAGGACGAGAUAGUGAAGAACUUAGCGAGAGAGAGAGAGAGAGAGAGAGAGAAGAGAGAUCAUACCCCAACCCCAUGUUCCUUCAGAGGUUCUGUUAUCACGGCGCCCCCUACUCCCCAGGCAUGAUGGUGGCAGUGAAUGCUCCUCCAACUCCCUGAGCCUGCAUCGUAACAACACAGAGGAUAUCUCUCUGGUCAACUUCCAAUCAAGUUCGAAAAUAUCCUAACAUUAGAGAAAGAGCUGAUAAAAUAUGAAACCAGCGAGAAAACGGUACAAACUGCGAACCAAUUCGCGCAUGAGAUGAUUAUUUCUGAUUGUUUGUUUCGUAAAGGGAAAGAAACACAAUCUCGAUGACUAAAUAAAACGGUCACAAUUCCAACGAAGAGAGUUUCAGGACGCCACAAGCCAAUCCUCCCUGUGAUGGGGCCAAAGCCCAUUUAUGGAUGAGGCAUGUUCAUCUAGUAAUUGCCAAAUAAACUAUCCACCUACUGGUCAGAUCAAUAUGGAGCAGCACACGUAGAUGGGGAACAGCUUACCAUGCACCAAGGAAUCUUGGUCAUCUCUCAUUAUUGACCUUCUGCUUUGUAGGCUCUUGGCUUGA